AUGGCGAGACCGCGAGAAGGCUCUGUUUCCUCCACAUCCGACUCAGAGCCCGAGGAUGAGGACCUGAUAGGGUUUUUCGAGGGAAUCACCCAGUCGUGUGUCGAUGCCAACUUUUCAGACGGAGAUGAAUCGUCUUCUGUUUCGACGUACAUAUCCUGGCGGAUGCCCUCAAAUGAAUUUAUUGAGGAACAGGCUCUGAAACUCCAAAUAUCAUCUCGAUGCCGCAUCUGCAACCGCCGAGGUCGAGCUGGAGAGUUUGCCUUCUGCACCGGAUGUGGCAAUUCCAAGCGACCAGCACAUAGAACAUGCCUAGCAAGGGAUCGACAACACAUUAUGAGCCCUCGACGAAGACUUAGCGUUGGCGACGAAGAGUGCAAAGAGGUUGAUUACAGCGACUAUGUCUUCACCCGAUACCUGCUCCAACCACCUGCACCCAAUCUAAAGUUGCAAUUACAUACCAAGGAUGCCACAUGUGCUUGGAUCGGAGUUCCCUCCCUGCAACGGUUUAAAAAACCACAGAUCCACGUUUGGCCUCGCCUUCAAGAUCUUCUCCAGAUGUCGCGAUGCGUCAAGCCGGGCCAAUAUCCCAAGCUUGUCUCGUUUAUUGGCGAGACAGGUUCGGGAAAAAGCACUCUGAUACGAACAAUGAUCCAAAUGGCUCGACCUGAUCACCCCGAAGGAGAGUCUGUUCCUGUGCCUGGGUCUCCAAGUGAUCGGUUUGCUUCCACGAGUAGUGACAUCCACGCCUACAGCGAUCCACUCACCCUCUCGACAAAUUAUCCAAUAGUCUAUGCUGACUGCGAAGGCUUUGUUGGCUCCGAUAAGCCCAUUGCGCAAGAGAUUAUUGCUGCUCUUUCACAACCAAAUUGGCUAUUUCAGUGGGAAUUCGGCGAGGAAUCCGCCGAGCACAAAGUACUUAAACACUGGCAGGACAAACAGGACAAGCUACUGAGACAAGUGAACCAAUUCCUAAACGGCGCCGAGAGCAGAAUUAAUGUUGAAUGGGGCAAACUGGACUGCCCAGAUCCACGUUCAUCAGUUAUCAUGGAAGACUCGGAUGGGCGAAGGCUGUGCACUGUCCAGAACAACACCCGAAAGCUCAUCGUGAAGUUUCUGUACCCCAGAGUCCUUUAUGGCUUUUCAGAUGUAGUUUGUUUUGUCACGACUAAUGGAAGGACUUCUGAUAGUUUCUUGGGUCAGCUAAUUGACUGGGCUCAGCACUCACAUGACCGAAUCCUCAACCAACGGACAAAACCUGCUCUCAUUGUCAUUCUCAACAUUGUUGUUGAUAUAGAUGAGGGCUCAUCCUCUGAUGCGACGGAUGAUCUUCUUCGGAGUUUCCAAAGAACUGAACGGUUUCGAACGCUACAGGCUCUCUGGGAAGAGAGAGAACAUCCAAUUAGAAACACCGCAGAUCUACUCCUUUGCUACUACAGCGACUUCAAAGUAGUCCUCAUCCCUGCCAUAAGUUCCAAGAGCUCACCGGCCGUUGCAACCUCUGUUGGUAAAAGCAUUAGACAGCUAUACGAGACAAUUCGAGGAUCGGUUUCCAAGAUCCGCAACGCCAAGGCUGAUAGUGGUACAGAAUCAGACUUGGCUACUCUCAACACCCACAUGAAUAGAUCUUUGAGUGUUCUGGGUCAGGAUCUUCGUGCUGCGCUUGAUCUUCACGACAUCGUAAUGAAUGAUUCAUCAAUCCCGACUAGACUGAGCGACCACGUGGCAUCAACCCUACGCCAGAUGUGUAUCUUGCGUGAAAUCGACCGCAUGGAUGCGAUUGGGGGCGAAGAAAAAGUUGUAGACGAGUUCGCGCCCUACGUCGGUGCAUGUAUCGUCGCCCAAACUUGUCAUAUUCAAGACAUUGAAAUAAGAAAGAGGAAAAGGGAACACCUAGUGACAGAAGCUCAAAGCGGUCUUCAGAAAUUCCGCUGGCGAUACUGGCGAUGUGAAGCCCUAGAGCGAAAGACCGGGCGAAGAUGUCGAAACUAUUACGACGGACACUACAAGGGACACCAGUUCACCAGACCCGACGACGAAUUAGAGGAUGUUCAGGGUCUCAACCGAAGGGGAGGCGAAUCGAAUCACAGAUGUUCCUGGCAUCCUGAUCGGUUUGUGAAGCGUCUGCGGGAAGCGAUAGCACAAAACCAGCAAGAUGGCCGAGUCAUGGAAAGGCUAACUUACUUGGCAAGAACGAUACGGCUGACGGAAUUGCAGAGCCAGCGGACGUGCUUCUCUUGUCUAUCCAACUGUCCAACUAACAUGCUUCCAUGUGCGAGGUUUCAGCAUGGGAUUUGCCAGACCUGCCUUGAGCGUUUUGCUCGCCAGGAGAAUGGUGGAUCUAUCUUGGUGAUUGAGCAUUGUCCCCUUGGAUGUGCUCUAAGAACUGGAACGUGGAGUAUUCGAAUCAAGCCAAAGAACGCAGCGCCCCGCGUGUUAUCGCUCGAUGGUGGAGGAGUCCGUGGUAUUGUAGAGCUUUGUGUUUUGCGUCAGAUCGAAAGGCACGUUGGCUAUGGUAUUGCAAUCCAUGAGCUUUUCGAUCUUGUAGUAGGAACAAGCACAGGUGGCAUCGUGGCUCUUGGUGUAUUCCACCAGCGUUGGUCAACAGACGAUGCCAUCAACAGAUUCCGGGCACUAGCAAGAAGAGCUUUCACACUUCGAUUGGGACUCGGAAACUCUUUCAUCAAAGCCAUUGCGCAGCCAUUCUAUGAGUUUCUCUACACAAGUGAGGGCAUAGAACAGUCACUACAAGACUCAUUUGGUGGCUCAAAUCUGUUCGGUGCGUCUUUGAAUCAGAGAAACAACUCUAGGUCAAGGACUGGCGGGAGGGAUUGGGUCAAGGUUGGCGUUGUUUCUUGUUUGCAGGGACGAAACCAGGCAAAAUUGAUCGCCAACUAUUCAAGAAACCCAAGAGCAGACACUGAUGAAGAAGAUUACUUUUCCCGUGAAGACGAACAGUCAAAGGAUUUCAAAAUCUGGGAAGCCGCUAGAGCAACAUCUGCAGCACCGACAUUUUUCCAGCCCUUCGUCCACCCGGAAACAAAACGGACAUACAUAGAUGGAGCUCUUAUGCACAACAACCCAGUAUCUUUGGCCUAUUCCGAGGUUGAGAAAAUCUGGCCUGGGUCCCUUCCUCCUGAUAUUAUUCUAUCGAUUGGCACAGGAAUGGUUGUGGACAAGUCAGGAAAUAUGAAGACAAAACUCAAUUCCAAGCUGGAAUCCUUCAAGAGGUACAUUCCUAGAGGCUACCUCAUGCGGAUAGAGGCUGGACUGGGAAUCAUCCAAAGCUCAACUAGCUGCCACGAGGCUUGGAAAGAUUUCAGAAGUAUGUCUGUUACAGACCGCCGACUUCGACAGAACUGCCAUCGUCUCAAUGUAGGCUUGAAACAGCGCGUUGAGAUGGAUGACGUUGAGAAGAUGGAUUCGCUUCUCGAAGAAAGUGAGAAGUACCUUUGCGAUGGUACGAAAAUUUUAUAUUACGACAGUGCAUAUAGAACAGCCCCCGAACACCUUCAAACAGUAGCAAGACGACUCUUGGCGUCCCUUUGCUACUACGUCGGGCCUCUAGAGAGGACUAUGAAGGGAGGUAAAUGUGUUGGGAAGAUAUUUUGCAGAUUGGAGGCGGGUUCUGUGUCUGCAAAAGAACUAUUACGAGACCAUGUACGAUUCCGACUUGGUCAAAUUCCGGAAAAUAGUACCAAGGCAGUAUAUCCUCGCAUUCUCCAUCAUCGGGAUAGUAAAGUCUGGGAUUCAAGGGAUCUUUCGGCCCUUGUCGUUCUCAAGGUGGAAGAAGGGACGUGUAGGCGAUGGAUCGAGGUAAAUCUGCCUCACUGGAGGGAUGAAUGGGAGCCCAUCUCCGGAUUCCAGCAUCUAGGGCACACCAAUGUGUGA